AAUCGCCAGCCCUGGUCAGCAAUACAGAAGACCUUUGUACCACCCCCUCAAAAUCAAGAAACAAAAAUGGCCCGUGUUUUGGUUGGAGUUAAGCGUGUGAUCGACUAUGCUGUCAAGGUCCGCGUCAAGCCCGACAAGACUGGCGUUGUCACCCAGGGCGUGAAGCACUCGAUGAAUCCCUUCGAUGAGAUUGCCGUCGAGGAGGCCGUAAAAAUGAAGGAGAAGAAGCUGGCCACUGAGGUCAUUGCCGUGUCCGUGGGCCCAGCUCAGUCGGCGGAGGUUAUACGCACCGCCAUGGCCAUGGGCGCCGAUCGUGGCGUUCACGUGGAGGUGCCACAGGCCGAGUACGAGCUGCUGCAGCCCAUCCACAUUUCGAAGAUUCUUGCCAAGCUGGCGCUGGAUGAAAAGGCGGAUCUGGUGAUCCUCGGCAAGCAGGCCAUCGACGAUGACGCCAAUCAGACAGCCCAGAUGACCGCCGCCGUGCUGGACUGGCCUCAGGGCACCUUCUGCAACAAGAUCGAGAAGACGGACGCUGGCCUGACCAUCACCCGUGAAAUCGAUGGCGGCCUGGAGACGAUCAAAACCAAGAUACCGGCCGUGCUGAGCGCUGACUUGCGGCUGAACACGCCACGCUAUGCCACGUUACCCAACAUCAUGAAGGCCAAGAAGAAGCCACUGAAGAAGGUGACGGCCAAGGAUUUGGGCGUUGAUACCACGCCACGCAUUGAUAUUAUCUCCGUGGAGGAUCCGCCAGUGCGCCAGGCAGGUGCCACCGUGGCCGAUGUCGACGCCUUGGUGGCCAAACUGAAGGAGGGGGGCCACAUCUAAGCGAAAUUCUCUAAGAAUAAAGUGAUUGUAAGCUCAGACACACACAGACAGACAGGGUCAAGUCAACCUCAACGACUCGCUCGUCUCGACUUUUUUUUUCCGAAAACUCCUUUUCAGGAAAAUCUCGCUCAACUUGAGGCGGCCCAAAAAUGUGGAUUCAACGCCUUGCCCAAUAUGGCUUACCCAAUGGUAAAUGUUUUUCUAUUGUUUUUGUUUUAUUAGCGGUUCACAUAAAAGGAAAACUUUUGCUAAUACAUGUUUUUAUAGAGAGAGAGAGUAUAUAAAUUGUACAUAAAGAUAUA